GCGAUUCCGGCAUAGGACUUCCAUCUCUUCAUGAAAGAACAGGUCCAACUGAUGCCCCCCAUGAAGAUGAGGAUGGCUCUUCAUGAAUGAAAGAGGAUGAUAAAGAGGCGGCGACUGUCAGUUGUCAGUUGUCAGUUGUCCGCCGAAGAGAAACCGCGACAAAGAAACAGUGGGGCCUGCCAACCCAAACAGGCAAAGCGAUGGCAUGCCUCAGGCCGGGAAGCGACCCACGCGUUUCAGGGGCUCAAAAUAGCCAGCAUCAAUGAUAAAUGAAAAAUAAGAAUAGUAUCUCGAACAACCGUUCAUUGUUGUUGAAGCGGUGCCCACGACGCCAGCAAUUGUCCUUCAUUGUCAAUCAACGCUUUCACCCCCAUCAUGGCAUUUAAAGACUCGUUCGAGUCCCUAUGGGCGGCCUCGAGCGUCCAUUACGACAACGCGCUCCAAUUCCUCAAAACUCUCGCCGACCAAAAUAGUACCGCAGUCACCACGGAAAACACCACGCUAGUCGAGAGCCAGAUUGGCCGGUCCAAUCUCCCCGAAUUGUCUACCAUGCCAUUCUCGAUCGACCUCCAAACGGUCUUUUCCUUUCUCUUUGUGGCGGUUCUCCUCGUGGCCGCAUAUGCCUUCACCAACCGCUGCCUCCCUGCCCGCGAUCAUGAGAGACGCUUUCGCCUCCUGUUCUUCUGGCACUUGAUUGAUGCACUCGUUCAUUUCACUAUGGAGGGAACCUUCCUCUUCCACUGCUUUUUCAGCUACGCCGCCAUCUCCCCCAGCCAGAACCGCGAGCCCGUCUUCCUAGGCGACAAGGACCACGUCUACGGCGCCACAUACUCCACCUGGCCGUCUGCCCAGUUAUGGCAAGAAUACGCCAAGGCAGAUAGCCGCUGGGGCGGCGCCGAUGCAAACAUCAUUUCCCUUGAAUUAAUCACCGUCCUGUUUGGCGGCACCGCUGCGGCGAUCAUCUGCACCUGGAUCUACCAGGUCUCCACCGGACGCUCGAGCAAGGGCAGUGUGGGCGAGAAGAGGGGAAAGAUGUGGUUUACUAUGAUUGCGUUGGCGACGGCCGAGCUGUACGGCGGUAUCAUGACGUUUAUGCCGGAGUGGUUGACUGGCAGUCAGUCGUUGUCGGGAAAUUGGUUUCAUGUUGUGGUUUAUCUGGCCUUCUUCAAUCUGGUUUGGGUGUUCAUCCCUGCGUGGGUGUUGUAUGAGGCAUGGAAAGAGUGCACGACUGUCUUUUACAGACAUGGGAAAGACUCCAGCUCAAGGAAGAUGACUGGUAAAUGACUAGAUGAACAGAAUGUUCGUACUGAUGAUAUGGCGACGCGGAGAGCUCCAGGAUUCUUUGUAUAAGACAUGUCCGGUUGGGAGGUGCAGGCGGUAAUAGCUGGGAUCGGAUGGAUGACUAGAAAAUUUCUUUUCAUUUUUGUAUUGAUAUGAUUUGGUUAGCGAAGCCAUUUGUUCUAAUAUAGCCUGUUCAUAUCGAAUUAUCC